GGGUGGCUGGGGCCGUGGAAUGGGAAGUUUGCCGUUGCCGGGAGGAGGGGAGUAGCGCGGCCAAGAUGGAGGCCGGCGGGAGGCGGCUCACCUGGAAUGUUUCACCAAAAAAUGGCGUGGAAGUAUUUUUCUCACGAGACAUUUAUGAAAAAUAUUCCUUGUCUCCAACCCUCUCUGAACUGUGGAUUUUGUCAAACAAACAUAAAGAAGAAAAUGUAGAGGCAUCAGUAAACUCUGUAGAAGAUGCGAAAACAUUUAACACACAGGUUGCAGCUCCAGCUGAGGAGGAAGUUAAGCCUGCAGUUGAGGAGGAAGUUAAGCCUGCAGCUGCUGAUAAUCCUUUUCCAGAGCCCAGAAUCCCCUAUCCUUAUGUCUCUAGUCUAACUGAGAAGGAGCAGAAAACAUAUUUAUAUCUAAUGACUAAGUUUUCAAAAAACCCUUUAUCCUACCAGUUAAUUGCAACACAUCAAAGAGAAUAUUCCCAGUAUUUGCAAAUGAAAGAAUUUCUGAACAGUGAAAUUGCAGAAUUUUUGAAAUUUGCACAAAACGCAGCCAAGAGUUGUAUUCAGGAUUAUGAUACCAUCUCUGAGGAUGCACUGCUUUAUACUGAGCAAUUUCUGAGUGCUUGUAUUGGACAUGUGAAGAAGUACCCUGAAUUUUACAGUCUCCAUGAAAUCACCGGUAUCAUGGGAGGCAAAUUUAGCACAGAGUUGACCUUGAAGCUGGAGAAAAAUCUGCUUGCAUUGGGAAAGGCAAGAUUUGUUAAAGUAUUGUCACCUGCCAUGCAUACGCAACUACAGCUAUCUGUAGAUUAUAAAACUGCAGCAUCUGUUGCAACUCCAGAACAGAAAGCUUCUGCUCUGCACAAUGACAUUAGUUUGGAUCCAAAUGCUGAAAAACUUGCUUUAAAAUAUUGUCCACAAAUAGUUUUAAAUAGUCAGUCAUUAUUUACUUUGUUGAAUAAUCAUGGACUAAACUAUAAGGAACAGUGGGAAAUACCAGUUUCUGUUAAAAUGAUCACUGCUGAAGGUGCCAAACCAGUCAAAGUGAUUUAUAUUGACUCGCCACUCCCAAAAAAAGAGAUGACAGUGAGAGAGAGAAACCAAAUUUUUCAUGAAACCCCGCUGGACUCUGUGAUGUCCAAAAAAUCUAUUGUUCCAGUCUCUGCUGUGUUGAUGGACAAUCCAUUUGAGGAAAAUAUAUUUCAGUGGAACAUGCCUCCUGAUGCUUGUCAGUUAAGGAGAACUCUGAGUCUGGACCACAUGGAUCUAGACUUUGACAAUGAUGUCACAGAAUUGGAGACCUUUGGAGCAACAUCUAAGCCCUUAAAGACGUCCAAAAUGGAAAAUACUCCUGCUAAUGUAUGUAAAACUCUAUCAGACAAGCUAAAAAUAGAGAAACAGUUGGUAUCUACUGUAAGCGGUGGUGCUGAAGAGGGAACAAGCAAAGUUAAUGAACAGGGAUUUUCAGCAUGUAGAAAUGUGCAGAAUGUGAACAAGACACAGCUGCCAUCAUCAAAUGGUGAUGUUGUGUGGACUGAUUCUGAAGAAAAUUCCUCAUUUAAAGGCCUUAAUUCAGAUGAAGUUGAGUUAAAUGAUGAGCAACAUGGUACGACCACAAACAAAGUAUUGGACAAUUGUACAAAGUUAAAUACUUUGGCUAAAACUGAUAGUUUCAGGAGAGAAUCUGAAGUUACAGAAGUAAAUGAGACUCCCAUUUCUUUUUCCAAUAGUGAUACUGAUGAAGAACGUUUAAUCAUUGACGCAGAAUGUAAAAAUGGCGAACAUUGCAAAGCAGCUGUGUUUAGUUCUAAUCCAGAUCUUGUAGCAGAUGUACCUAAAUCACCCUCCCCGAUACACACUUCAUCAAGUAGCUUGGCUAUCUCUUCAGAGAGCCCAGACCAGGAAAAAACUGCUUCCAAAAAACCUUUUAAAAGGCUGUCUAAAGAAUUUGACCCUCUUGGACAAAUUUUGAAAAUGCAAACUGAACUCCUUAAGCCACCUUUCCCAAAAGCUCCUGAGCAGCCACUGGUGAAUUGUGAUAAAAGUUCUAAUCCUACACCAAACCUUGUGCCACCACCUUCAAAACCCACUGUAGCUUCCAGCAUGGAACCUGCUGCAAACACAAGCAGCUUACCUAAAUUUACAUGGACUUCACAUUUUCAGGGAGCUCCAAAGGGAUUGCUCCCAACUGAACUUAAGAUGCUUGUUGAAGACCGGUCAGAAUACACAGCUCCUCAGGAUGGCAAUCUUGUAUAUAAAUUGUUCAGUUUGGAUGACCUGCUGUUACUCGUGCGUUGCAGUGUACAAAAAGUAAGGACAGAGCGACGAUCCUGUAAUAAAAGACAAAUCAGAAAGCAUACUCCAGUUUACAUAUUGCCAAAAGUAGAAUAUCAAGCCUAUUAUGGAGUAGAAGCUCUUACAGAAAGUGAAAUAUGUCGGUUGUGGACAGAGAGCUUGUUGCAUUCUAAAUGCUCAUUUUAUAUUGGACAUAUUGAUGCCUUUACGUCAAAGCUCAUUAUGCUUGAAGAGAUUUCUCCAAAACGGUUAAGAGAAAAAUUUGGAUUAUUUAAGCCUGCAAAUCCAUUAAAUAUACUUCGACAUAUCUUGAAGAAAGUGAUUGAUCUGCAGGAGGGCUCUUACUUAUUGACUCAUACUUCAGGAGAUUCAUCAGUUGCAAUCUACCAGAGCUGUCUUGGGAAAGUGACCAGAGCAUCAUAUAAUUUACAUAAAGCUCACUGCAGUCUGCCUAAUAUACCUUCUACCCUCUCUGUUCCAUGGGUACCAUUAGAUCCCAACCUUCCUUUACCCUAUCACAUUAAUCACGGAAGAGUCCCAUGCACUUUUCCACCUAGACCCCAAGAAACUAUGAGAAAACAGAAGAUGAAUUGGGCAAAAGCACACACAGACACACCCAACAAUGAAAAGCCAGUAUCCAUGGAAACAAAAAGCAAUCCCUUGCCAGCUAAGCCUGUUAGAAAUGAAGGUGUGGCUGCAAAGAAACUGAAGAAAAAUAAUGCCAAACAAGCAAAUAAGAUGAAAAAGUGGAAAAAGAAAUGAAAUAAAAGCAAACUCAAGCAAAGCAGGAAUAGCUUAGCCACAGUGAGAAAACGUGGAUUGGAAAAAGCAAAAGCCAAACAAAGAGCUUAUUUUUCUUAAUUCUUCAGAGAAGCCAGAAUGCCCUGGCAGAGGAGAGCUGCACAGCCAUGUUGAGGAACAUUGUGAAAUGCUACGAUCCCGUAACCCUUUCUUAACUCACUGAAUGCAACUCAGAUGUGAACAUCUUAUUUUAAGUUAGCACAUGAGAAGAAAAGUCAAGUGUCUAUAAUUAAGACCUCUGGACAGAAGUAGCUAUCAUAAUGAGUUUUGUUUUUAUAAUAAAACUAUAAUUUGAGAAAAGAAACAUUAACACCAAUACUCAAUAUUACAUAAAGAUGAAAAAAGUAUUCUUUUUCCAACUGUCUUGAUUCUUUUUCCAGUUUGUUGCAGAUGUCUAUUGUUAAUAUUGUUUGAAUUGUGAACUGGUUUUAAAUGUAAGACACAGCAUCAGCAGUUUCAAUUUAAUUAGUUAAUGUUAUUAAAAAAGCAGGGUGUGUUGUGCCCAGUUUGAAAAGGAAAUAUUACCCCUGAGAGUAAGGCAUGCUCCUUCUAGGGUUGUGUAGUUAACGGCUUUUGAUGAGCAACAUUUGUUAUGUUUGCAGAAGUUUUGUGUCUUUCGAAUUCCAUUAUUGAUAUACCUGUUGGCAUAGUGUCCUAGUGAGCAUUACGGUACACCACAGUAUAAGAAAGUUAAAAUUGACUUCCGUGUUUUCUCAAGAUUUGUUUUUGGCAUUAAAUUAUUUCCAAAACUUCAAAUCCUUAAGAGCCAGUAUGUUGUUAAUGUAGUACUGAAUGACUGCAGCCUCAGUCCUGUGUCUUUUCGCAGGCAGACCCUUGUCGAAGUCAGUAGGGCUCCAUGUAAGCACAGAAAGUUUUGCUCAUAUACAACAAGUUGCAGGUGAGGGCUUUAGUUAUUAUUACAGAGACAAGCCAGACAUUUGCUGUGGCUCAGCUGUUCACUUGUAAUUUGGGAACCAAGCUGAAGGGAGUGAGUUCAGACAAAGAUUCAGCAAGAAAAAUUCUUGUCUAGUGUUUAUAGGUGUGACUACAUGUUUUCUGUUUCAGUGAAUUUCAGUAAAAUUGCUGUUUUGUAAAAUGCUAAAAAAUUAGGUUACUAAUUCCAAUGCACCACAAAUUGAUUGUCAAUAUACAUAGUUUAUUUAAAUAAUUUAUAAACGUUCAUUAUUGUCAAAGGAAAGUUUUAUACACUCUGACUACUAUAUAUCAUAGUGCCCUCAAACUUUUAUGAAAUAGGCAAAUUGCAGGCCACAGUUCAAAACAGCAUAUUAUUUAGCAAUCAUAAUUUUCAAUGUGUGAAGGGUUUUUCGAUUGCUGCCUAUAACUAAUUAGUAUGAGUUUCAUCCUGAAAGGCGUUCAGCUACUCCUGAAUACUCAGGGUAAGGAAUGUACACUUUUUUUUUUUAUUUAAAUGACUGAGCUCUUUUAUAGGCUUUGAUUGUGUUCGUUGAAGCUGGUCAUGUACACAAAGUACUCACAUGCAGGAUCAAGGCCUUAGCAAUGAGUUUGUUCAAAAUGUUUUGUCUGUAUGUUAUGUAAGUUAACUGCACCUUUAUGUUCAAAGUUCUUCUACUCAAAUGUAUACAAAUAUAUUUUAAUAUCCUGUAAAGAUGAAUAAAAUCUUUAGUUUUAGUGAGUUAUAUAUUUUAUUUUUAGAUCUUAGUGACAUGUUAAAAAAACAGGUUUUAAAGGGGUGCUGAUUGUAAAAAAGCGAGAGAGAGUCCUGUGGCUGCUUUAUAGACUAACAGAAGUAUUAGAGCAUAAGCUUCCAUGGGUGAAUACCCACUAUACCCAUGAAAGCUUAUGCUCCUGAAGUGGGUAUUCACCCACAAAUGCUUAUGCUCCAAUACUUCUGUUAGCCUAUAAGGUGCCACGGGACUCUUUGUCCCUUUUUACAGAUCCAGACUAACAUGGCUACCCCUCUGAUACGUCAAAUAUUUUGUAAUUUACCAAUAUUGUUAUAUUUUAUUUAUAUAUUUAUUUGCCUUCUGUUAAUUCCCCAGACAUUGCUUUAGUUGUUGCUUUUAGAUGCAAUAUGUUAACAAGGAGAAACAUAUUUGAUUCAGUGGUUUCCUAAAUAAUGAAUAUUAGAUUCUGAUUCAAAAUCAUAAAUCCAUUUUGUGACCUCUCAUGGAGAAGUGUUUUGCUUAUGAGUCAUGUGCCAGAUAACUGAGGGUGGGGAUCCAAAGCAUUAGUUUUCAGCAUAAAAGUAAAAAUUUUACUAUAACAACCAAGGAAUUUGAACUUUGGACACAGGCUUGUUAACUUCAUGCUGAGUUUUCCCUAAUAUCUGGGUGUCUGAAAGGCUUAACCUUUUAAGUCUCAUAAUAUAUUAUGUGCAAUCCCAGUUAUUGUGCAAUUAAAAUGGACAGGAAUCUAAAGGUUAAAUGAAUACCCAUUAUAUCAUUUGUAUGUACUGUUGCAUUUAAAAUUUCAGAUUCAGAUAAAACUUGGACUCUACAGAC